CCUCUUAGUCAGAAAUUUCCUGUUUGAUAAACAAGCUAAUUGAACAAAGAGGAUGAUGUUAAUUCAGUGGAGAUUAGAAUCCCUGUUGUAAAGGUGCUCUAUAUAUAUAGACUGUGUUUAGUUACAUUGUAACACAUUGUUCUCACAUUCCACGCCUGUCUGAUUUCAUUAAGCUGGCACUUUGAACUGUCACAGGGAGCUUUCACGUACUUUGACCAAAACCAUCCCUGAUAACACUAAACUGCACAGAGUUGCGCUGUGCACUCUGUAGCAACCUGUACUUAAUACAUUAGAUAAUCAGAAGAAAAAUAUUCCUUAUCACGCUGAAGACUGCACCUUGAUUACACUGAAGGUUGAAGCAAGAAAGCCAACCAGGAAAUAUGAUGGACGCAGGGAUUGAGGACAAUUCAAAUCACGACUUCUCUGGUUAUGACGUCCGUGUCACUGAUGCUGCACAGAAUGGGGACACAUUUGUGUAUGUGAUCAAAUCCCAACAGAUAUCAAGUGAUAUGGAGUACCGGGUUGAACGUGAGUUUGAAGACUUUGAGUGGCUACAACAUUGUCUCUUGACCCAAGAAGGGGUGACUGGUCUUCAUGGAAUUAUUUUUCCUCCACUACCAGCCAAGCCGGGGACAUUUCUAUCUAACUCGGAGGCAAAGACCAAAAAGAAAAUUGAGUCACUGGCUAUGGUCGACAACUGGCAGAUGUACUGCCGAGCUCUGGAGGAAUACCUGCAUCUUGUUACUGCACACCCUGUCCUGGUCAAAAAUCCUGCAGUGCACAGCUUCCUAAAACACAGAGAGCCACCGAUUAAAACUAAAGUGAAGAAAGGAAUAUUCAACAAGCUCACCCAGGCCGUGGAGGAACUGAGGAAAGAGCAUCACAAGGAUAUUGACGACUUCUUUCAGAAUGAGAGAGACAGUAACCUUACACUAACAGCUUUUACUAAGGCUGCAGCAGAGAAAUUCCUUGAAAUUGUGUUAACUGAACAAAAGAUAGCAAUAGCGUGCGGUCACUUCUCCACAGCGCUCCACCUGGGGAUCGGACAGGACGAUGACCCUGCAGACUAUGCUUUUGCAAAGAUGUGCCUCAAGCUGUCUGAAGUGCUAGAUACAGUAAAGAAAAACUUUGAAAAGGUUGCAGAAAAUGACCUAAACACACUAGGGUUCAAUCUGGAAUUGCAUUCCCGCUUUCAAGAUGCUGAAAAGGAAAUGUUGUUCAGAAGAACCUGUAAACUGGUUGAUGUAGAAACAGCAAAUAAAAACCUGGGCCAGGCAAAGCCCCACAAGAAAGCAGCUAUGGAAGACAUUAAAAAGGCAGCUGACAAAGAAUUUGAUGAGAUUUCUGGAAUGGCCAAAGUGGAGAUUCAGCGCUAUCACAGAGAGCGGGUGCGUGCCUUCCAGAAAGCCUUGAUUGAGCUGAGUGACAGCCAGCUGCAGUCAGCGAGGGAGUGCUGUGUUGAGCUCAAGCAGCAGCUGGCUGAGUUUAAACAGCUCUGUGCAGAAUAACUACAUCCAGAGCUGCACUGUAUGGAAUUAAAAAUGUUUCUGCAGUAUUUCUACAGGCUGUGAGAACUUAAAGAAGCAAUCCUAUGCUCAUUUUGAGUAUUAUACAAUGUGACAUUUUUUUGUUUGUUUUUUUUACAGUAAAUGAAGUAAAGCACUAAUAUUAAA